CAGUUCUGCAAAACAAACCGACGCAACAAUAUGAGAUAUGUACUUCCUUUCGUACUGCUUCCAGCGAUACUACAACGUCAAUCAAUUGGAGCGGAAGUUGCAAUUGACGCCAGCGGCACGAUCGAAAAAAUUGUAACGAACGCUGCCGGUACAACCGAUGACGACCAACAGGCAUUGUUGAUUCGCAACGGCGUGGGCGUCGACGUGUCCUGGCCUACACAUCACGAAGCAGAAUCAUUGAAAUUGUAUUCGGAAAGAUACGAUACAUUUUUGAACGGCUGUGUUGCUCGGUACGGUGCCGAUACUUGUAUCGGCAGCGAACAAGACCGUAUCGCCAUGAACCGACGGCAACCGAGCUACAUGAAGAACUUUACGUACGCUGGCUACGCCAUGGUGGAAACUCCGCGAGUAGUAAUGGACAUCUUGACUUCGUUUUUCGAAAAGUACUCCGAUGACGAUUGGAAAGCUGAGGACUGGGAAGCAGGUGAUACCUAUGUGAAUCAUUGGGAAGUGGAAACUCAACUUUUAGAUAUAGGUCAUCCGGAGAAAGGACUUUCUUCUGAAAAACAACAGACUCUUCUGAGAGAACUCCAGAAUGUAUUGACGCGAUGGAGUGGAGUCGAGCUGAUGGCUACGUCGAUGUACGGAAUUCGGUCUUACUUGGGGGGGAGCACUUUGGCACCCCACGUGGACCGUUUGCCGUUGGUAAUAUCAGCUAUUGUCAACGUGGCACAAGAUGUUUAUCAGCCUUGGCCUCUCGAAGUAAUCGGACACGACGGUAUUGCCGUCAAUAUAACCAUUGAACCAGGUACCAUGAUUUUGUACGAAAGUCACUCGGUCAUACAUGGGAGACCGUAUCCAUUGGAGGGGAGCUUUUAUGCCAAUUUGUUUGCACAUUUUGAACCGAUCGGGUAUACACAACGGCUGUCGGCAGAAAUGGACAGCGGUCCCAUGCGCAAGUCGGCACAAGAACUUUUUGAGGAUGCUCUCGAAUCAAGACAGCGCAAAGCUGAUCUAGAAGAAGGUGAACGGAGUCACGGGAACCGACAACCAGUACCGACUAUUCCGCCUUACCUUUAUCCCGGCACAGAGGAAGAAUCACGGUGGAAACAGGAAUUUACUUUUCAUAGGGAUUCCUCUUCCGGGGACAAACAGAAGUCGGCUCGCACCGAAGGUGUCCAGGAUGCGCAUAUUGUUGCUGCCAAUGGUAACAUGGUACAGCUCAAGGAACUUAAAGAACGCGAUCCACAAAGUUUACACACGGCUGAUUCGAACGGCUGGAAACCAAUCCACGAGGCGGCCCGGGGUGGGAACACAGAAGUACUGGAUUUUCUAAUCACUGACGGCGCGGAUCCCAAUGAACGCACUAAUGAGGGGAAAGGAGCGUCUCCGCUAUGGUGGGCGGAACACUUCCUUCACAACGAUCACCCCGCCAUUCGAUUAUUACGACGGAAUGGAGCCGUAGCAAUCGGACCUAAUCAGUAG